GUUCGGUCAACUCCUUUAAUAAUGUCUACAGAUUCUGUUGCACCAAAUACUAGAUGGUAUUUCCCAUAUGUUGGAACAAAAACAUCACCACCCGGAUUAUGCCCUUUUAGAAAAAGAAAAGUCAGAGUUGAAGAUGAAGAUGAUAGUGACAAAGAAUGA